ACACUACACUUUGUGACUUUCUCAUAUCUUCAUUUUCCACCAAACCAAUAUUCCACAAUGACCAAAACUUUCCUCUUCUUACUCCCCUUCCUCUUCACCAUCUCUCAAACUUUUCCGGCCACCGGAGCCGAACCCGGUUUCCUACAAUCCGUAAAGCGGAAUCCGAUGAAGCUCCGGACCGAAAAACUAAGCCACUUUCGCUUCUACUGGCACGACAUCAUCAGCGGUCCCAACCCGACCGCUGUAAACAUUGUGCAACCACCAACAAACAACAAAACAACACCCACCGGGUUUGGCAUGAUUAACAUGAUCGAUGACCCGUUAACAGAAAAGCCCGAAGUGGGCUCAAAGUUAUUAGGGAGAGCACAAGGGUUUUACGGGCUGGCUUCGCAGGAAGAAGUCGGGCUUUUGAUGGCUAUGAACUUUGUGUUUUCGACCGGGAAGUAUAACGGGAGUACGUUAACGAUAUUGGGCCGGAACCCGGUGUUUCAUAAGGUGAGGGAGAUGCCUGUGAUAGGAGGAAGUGGGCUUUUUCGGUUUGCUAGAGGGUAUGUUCAAGCAAGUACACAUAGUUUUGAUUUGAAGACAGGAGAUGCAGUUGUUGAGUAUAACGUGCAUGUUAUGCAUUAUUGAUGUUGUUUGUGGUUUAAGGUUUAAGGUUUUUGGUUUAAUGGUAAUCAUUCCACUUUUUUAUGUGUUUGAGAUUGUUUUGGAUUUUGAAUUAUAGUGGGUAGCAUUUUGUAACAUGGUGUCCAUGAGGACCAUUAGAUGACUUAUGUGGUCUUGGUUGGUACCACUUUGAGCACUUUAUUUAUUUAAUAAAAUAAAAUUAUAUAUUUGGAAUGAUUA